UCAACUUCACUCCACACUCCUUUCUUCUCUAUUUUCUUUCUUUCUCCUUCUCUGUCAAAAAUCGAAAUCAUCAAUCCACAUUUUCUCUUCUUUCUCUAUUUUCUUUAGGAGUGAUGGAUCGAGCAAACCCACUGUUGGGUGUUUUGUUUUGUCUAUUAUAUGGGUUAGUUUAUCAAGUAACACUUUACUUGUUUCCUCUACCCUUCCAUUUCUUAGAAUUUUUUAAGAUUCAGUAUGUUCAAAAAGUCAUGACAUAUAUUUUAUUGUUGAUUCCUCCUUGUUUGAUGUUAGCGUGUAGCAUCAAGUAUAAAAACAGACUAUCGAAUCAUGUCAUCCACUUUUUCAUAUCGGGAAAAAAUGACAUCACAUUUGAUUGCAUUUCUAGUUGGUUUCAAGUGGGUCGACACCUAUUUUACGAAGAAGAUUUAGCCCUAGUUGUUUUCAUAUCAAACGUAUUCUUCAUCUUCAUCAUCUUUCUAGACCAAUUUGUUCAAAGGGAAUAUACCCGCAUAGACGUUCCUCCUCAAUGGGAAGAUACCAAAAAAGCCAUCAUGUUGGUGAAGAAAAUUGUCAAGAGAUGCAUCUACGGUUUUUUUCUUAUGCUAUACCUCGGACGGAUGUUGAAAACGGACUAUCUCCCUUUUCCUUUGCCCGGAUGUAUAAUCCCUCUCAUCCCGGCCAUUAUGGGUGGUUACCUUAUAGUAUUUUGCUAUAAUCCUGUCCCUAUAGAUCUGAGACCGGCCACGAGACUGGUCCCGGACGUGAGACUGGUCUCGUACGAGAAACCGGCCAUGACACCGGCCGUGACACCGGACGCGAGACCGGUCCCGGACAAGAGACCGGUCCCGGACAAGAGACCGGUCCCGGAAAAGAGCAAGGUCCCGGACAAGAGACCGGUCCCGGACAUGAAACCGGCCGCGAGACCGGUCCCGGACGAGAAACCGGCCGCGAGACCGGCCGAGAUACACCCACACGAAGAAUAGGGAAGAUCAAAGAAACAAAUGAGAAAAAUUGACAAGGUCGGAGGAUAGUCCCUUUUUACUAAUACUGCAAGGCAUUAGCCAUAGUUUAUGUUAAGUUGUUGAAUACUACAAGGCAUUAGCCAUAGUUUACUAAUACUGCAAGGCAUUAGCCAUAGUUUAUGUUAAGUUGUUGAAUACUACAAGGCAUUAGCCAUAGUUUACUAAUACUGCAAGGCAUUAGCCAUAGUUUAUGUUAAGUUGUUGAAUACUACAAGGCAUUAGCCAUAGUUUACUAAUACUGCAAGGCAUUAGCCAUAGUUUAUGUUAAGUUGUUGAAUACUACAAGGCAUUAGCCAUAGUUUACUAAUACUGCAAGGCAUUAGCCAUAGUUUAUGUUAAGUUGUUGAAUACUACAAGGCAUUAGCCAUAGUUUACUAAUACUGCAAGGCAUUAGCCAUAGUUUAUGUUAAGUUGUUGAAUACUACAAGGCAUUAGCCAUAGUUUACUAAUACUGCAAGGCAUUAGCCAUAGUUUAUGUUAAGUUGUUGAAUACUACAAGGCAUUAGCCAUAAUUUAUAUUAAGUUGUUGAAUACUA